AUGACAGGAAGAGCCAGAGCCAGGGCCCGUGGAAGAGCACGUGGUCAGGACCAGAAGACAUCUGGACAGCUGCCAGGACCUGUACCUGGGAAACCAGUUGAACCAGAUGCAGAGCUUGUAGGACGUGGAAGGCAGAGGGGAGCUCAUGGAGCUCCUUCAGAUCCAAAACCGCAUGCAAAAGAACUACAGAUUUCAGCCGGAUUUCAAGAUAUAUGCAUUGGUGAGCGUGGUGGUCGAAGACGUGAUUUCCAUGAUAUGGGUGUUAAUACACGAGAGUCAAUAGAGCAUGUGAAGGAGUCUAAGACAGGAAGUUCUGGCAGAACAAUUCCUCUAAGCACCAACCAUAUCAAACUGGUAUCCCGAACACAGUGGGUGCUAUUCCAGUAUCAUGUUAACUACAAUCCUCAAAUGGAAUCCCGACUUCUGAGAUCGGCGCUGCUUUUUCAGCACGAGGAUUUGAUUGGUAAAGCACGUGCUUUUGAUGGAACAACAUUGUUUUUGCCCAAAAGGCUUGAGAAGGUGAACGAAGUGUUCAGCCAAACACGAAACGGAGAGACUGUGAAAAUUACAAUAACCUUAACAAGUGAAUUACCCCCUACAUCACCUACUUGCUUUCAAUUCUACAACAUCAUUUUCAGAAGGCUCCUGAAGAUGAUGAAUAUGAAGCAGAUUGGACGCAAUUAUUACAACCCUAAUGAUCCUAUUGAAAUCAGAACUCAAAACCUAAUUAUAUGGCCAGGUUUCACCACUUCCAUUCUGCAGUAUGAAAAUAGCAUAAUGCUUUGUAUUGAUGUGAGUCAUAAAGUCCUAAGAAGUGAAACUGUUCUGGACUUGAUGUACACCUUGCAUGAAAACGUUGGAGCCCAUAACUUUCACAAUGCAUGCAGUAAGGAAUUGAUCGGUCAAAUUGUUCUCACAAGAUACAACAACAAAACAUAUCGUAUUGAUGAUAUCAACUGGGAUUUUACACCGGAGUCAACGUUUAAAAAAGCAGAUGGCACUGAGAUAAGCUUCGUUGAAUAUUACAGAAAACAAUAUAAUAAAGAAAUAAAAGACCUGACCCAGCCAGCUAUUGUUCACAAUCCCAAAAAGACCAAAGGUCCAAGUGGUGUUCCUGCAGGACCUAUAUUCUUGAUUCCAGAAUUUUGUAACCUGACAGGAUUAACUGAUAAAAUGAGGAGUGACUUUAAAGUAAUGAAGGAUCUAGCAGUUCAUACUAGGUUGGCACCAGAUCAAAGAGAAAAACAAAUGGCAAGAUUUCUGAAUUAUAUACACAAGGAUGAUAACGUUCAGAAAGAGCUACAGGAUUGGGGCCUUAACUUUGACACCAAACUUCUGCCCUUAAAUGGUAGAGUGGCACCUCCGGAGAAGAUCUUGCAAGGAAGAGGAACUGUUGAAUACAAUCCUCAAUUUGCAGACUGGUCCAGAGAAUUGAGAGGCCCCUCUCUAAUCAGUGUAAAACACCUAGAUAACUGGCUGUUGCUAUACACGCGGAGAAACUAUGAUGCUGCAAACACUCUUAUGCACAACCUUUUCAAAGUGUCACAACAAAUGGGAAUCAAAAUGAAUAAAGCAGUGAUGGUUGAAGUUGAUGACAGUACUGAUGCUUAUGUAAAAUGUUUGCAACAAAAAAUUACACCUGAUACACAGCUGAUAGUAUGCAUUUUGUCCAGCAAUCGCAAAGAUAGAUAUGAUGCUAUAAAGAAAUUCCUGUGUGUUGAUUGCCCCAUUCCCAGCCAGUGUGUACUAGCCAAGACUUUGAACAAACCUCAGACUGUAGUUUCAGUUGCUACCAAAAUUGCAUUGCAGAUAAACUGUAAAAUGGGAGGUGAACUUUGGAGUGUGGAAAUACCCCUGAAAGAGCUGAUGAUUGUGGGCAUUGACUGCUAUCAUGACACGUCAUCUGGGCGAAGAUCUGUUGGUGGAUUUGUUGCAAGUUUAAACCAAGGCAUGACUCGUUGGUUUUCUCGAUGUGUUCUGCAAGAUCAGAAGCAAGAGAUUGUUGAUGCUCUGAAAGUUUGUAUGCAAGCUGCUCUAAAGGCCUGGUAUUCCUUCAACAAAAAUCUGCCAUCGCGUAUCAUUAUCUAUCGGGAUGGCGUUGGAGAUGGUCAGCUGCAAACACUGGUAAAUUAUGAGGUCACACAGUUUCUGGAUUGCAUACAAUCUGCUGGAAAAGACUACAGCCCUAAACUCACAGUUAUUGUGGUAAAGAAACGUGUAAGUGCCAGAUUUUUUGCACAUAUCGAUGGCAGACUCAAUAACCCCCCACCCGGCACAGUUAUUGAUGUUGAAGUUACCAGACCUGAAUGGUAUGACUUCUACAUAGUCAGCCAAGCUGUACGAGCAGGCACUGUAUCUCCAACACAUUACAAUGUCGUCUAUGACAGCGGUGCCCUGAAACCAGACCAUAUGCAAAGGUUGACAUACAAACUUUGCCAUCUUUACUUUAACUGGCCUGGUGUAAUCAGAGUGCCUGCUCCAUGCCAGUAUGCCCAUAAACUAGCCUUUUUGGUGGGGCAGAGUAUCCACAGAGAACCACACCUGUCACUCUCUGACCGCCUGUACUACCUUUAG